AUGGGCUAGAGGAGACAAUAUUGACCAGCGUCAAGAGCAAUCUUGCAUUAUGGUUUCGCUGCUUCUGUUGACAAGGCGGGGCGUUGUCGCCGUCCCUUAGUGUUGUUCACUGUGCAGCAUUGGCUGCUGGAGGUGCCACUACAAAGCUAACCCGAAACUGCCGGCAUGCGGAUUGCGCAUCCCACUUCCUUGCAUGGCAUUUUCCAGGCCAGAGCGUCAGAUUGCGGUCGUGCUUGUUCAAUCCUCUGCCAUUGACCGCGCUCUCGAAUAAUACAUUUCCACGGACCACUCAGGCCACCGUGCUCAGUCAUAGCAGCAUCUGUCUGCCGGACCAUGAACCCGACCCUCCGGCCCGUCAUCUCCCGCUGCACCCCGCGCAUCGCUCCGGCUCCGCGCAUCGUGCUACGCCAUCACACUAACAAACCACGCAUCUUUGCCCAGCAGUUCCUGUACACCCGCCACGCCAGAACCAUGUCUACCACAGUUUCUAUUCCGACAACUAAACUGGAGGAGCUACAGAAAUACACAGCCUGUGAUGUUUCAGAUGCACUCCUCAAGCUGAAAGUGCCUGGGGCCGGCUUCGUGGCUGAUCUAAACCUAUACAGUCCUCUUGCUCUCACACAGCCCGCCACUGUAAACGAACAGGCUCCUGUUACAGUUCACCCCGUAUCUACUGUUCUCUUUACACCUAAGGAUGAAAGCGCCCCUGAGACAGGUCGACCCGCCGCCAAUGUUCCCAAAGACGCCCACUGGGUAGACUUGGCCGUACCCGGAACCUUUGCUGUUCUGAAACAGCCACUAGGACAGAAAAACGCUGUAUGUGGAGGUAUAAUGGCAUUACGCAUGAAGCUACUCGGAGUUAAGGGAAUUGUCGUCGCCGGCCGUGUCCGUGACCUGGUUGAGCUGCGCAGCACCGAGCUUCCGAUUUGGGCAACUGGAACAUCCACAGUUGGCUCCGGAGGAAGCUCAGUGCCUUGGGCUACACAAGUACCCGUUGAAAUCAACGGCGUGACAGUGAACCCCGGCGACCUUGCAGUCCACGAUCCCACCAACGGCGUGGUGAUUAUCCCUCAGGAUAAAGUCAACCAACUACUGGAGCUGCUUCCCAAGCUUACGAGUGCAGACGACAAGGCCAAGGCUGAUGUAGCCGAGGGCGUCUCCGUCAAGGAGGCAUUUAAACGUCAUAGAGGUUGAAUCACUGCUGGAGCAACAAGCAAGAAAGAAGAGGGAUAGAUGCAACUUUCAUAAAUUCAUUACAGUGCGGUCGUAUGUAUACCAAAGGAAGGAUAACCCUAAUACAAAAGGUUGAUAAAGUAGAGAUUUACAGCAAAAAGUUGUCAAGUGACAUGAAAAAAAAGGCGUCAACUUGGUCCAUGAAUGUACUCCGUCGUCAGCAGCGCAUAACAAACGUAAAAAGAAAUAAAACCCGACAAAAAAAGCAAACGCAAUGCAAUAUGCAAAUGAUGUAAACAAGAAAACUUGACAGCAGAAGAAGCAGACAUUCAGAGCCAAGCGUCAUUUUUCUGGUCAUUGUCAGAACCGAGAUCAAAUCGCGGCAUCUCCAGCUUCGGCGCAUCCUCCACAUCCUUGCCCUUAAUGGGGCUAUGACCUCUAGAAAUGUCUGCAGCAACAGGGCCGAAGCGGACAUCUUCAACUUUCCACCCGUCUUCUGCCGCCGCGGCGACCCAAGUGCGCAGUGCCUCGUGGACGCACCCGUAGAACUUCUCCUUGCACAUGCGCAGCGAGCCACCCAUGCAUCGCUCCCAGCCGGAAAUGCGCAGAAGGCCGCGAAUCUCAUUGCGUGCGUCCUGUGUAGCAGUGCAUGCAAUCAGUGCGUUCAUCAGAUCGAGAUGAGAGGCCAGGUAGUUGGUCGCGUCCCAUUCGACGCCGCCAACAUACGGGGCUGCAGGGACAGGCGGACGCUCGUGAGGGAAGUGGCGGUUCAUAUAGGCAUACGGUUCGUUGUUGCUGGUGUCAAAGGGGUCUUCUUCGCGAGCGUUGGCGCCGGGUGGGAGGGCGAUGACGUUCAUGUUGUGCAAGAAGAUCCAGAAUACUUCCUUGGUGACGCUGACGGCUUCUUUGCUCCAGACACGAUACGGGCGCUCCUGUCUCAUCUCGAGGACCCAUGGCAGCGGCUGGUCUGCUUCUUUUGGUUCUGGGUCGCGCAGGUGCUUCAAAACUUGUUUGGCGCGGAUGAUGCGCUCGGCUGGCGAUGCUGAUGAUAUGUACAUGAUGAGAAUCGAUGUGAUGAUGUUGCGGGUGGUGAAUUCGCUAGGGCCCUUCUUCUCAGGGUCGAAGAUGAGAUGGAGUAGCUUAGGAAACAGCUCGGUAUGAUGAGCCUUCAAGUACUCCAUUGCGCGGGCAGUGGUGGCCAACGCUUUAAGGCAGAGCAGGUUUUCGUGCAAGAGAGCAUCUUCGUGGUCCGCUCUAUACAAACUUGUUAGCAUACUGUCUGGACUCAUGUGAUGACAACAUCAGUUUUCUUCUUACCUCCAUUCGACUUCCAUGAUACGGUUGAGCUGGCUGACAAUCUCCUCCAUGCCACCUUGCUCAAUGAAGCUUUCGAUCCAAGCCACCGUCUCGUUUCGCAGCAAGAGACGCAGCUUGUGGAUCUUGCCAACCUCAAUCGCCUCGGGCUUGGUCACCUUGCGCAGAUACGAGACAUAAUCAGAUGGCCCUUGUUGAGGCUUAAUCAUGGACAACACGCUUGAGACGCCACCGGUACUGGCUCCAGAAGAGACGGGGCGGUCCAACGCAACAUUGUCAGUCGACUUGCUGCGGAGAUGGCGCCCGACGGAGGCAUCUCGACGGUCACGUUUGGUGGGUGAUGCAGAGUUCUUUCGGCUUCGUGAAAAUGUAAAGCUACGACCACGCCCGCGGCGCGGCUGCUCUUCCUCGCCCUCUGAAUCGACGCCAUUGUCGUCUGCUGGCGAAUCCUUGGUCUUGGCGGCUUGCAUCUCGUGACUUGGGGUCCUCCUUGGUUGGGGACGCCUUGCCUCGAAAUCCAAGAGACGGAAACGCAUUCUUUGUUGGUGAUCGUGAGCGCCCACGGUUGUCGGCGUAGGAUACAUCGGUACUCUUUAAUGGUGAGCGAGAGGCAUGAUCUUGCCCGUUGCCGUGAAUCUCUCCGAGCGCAGCAACUGCCUUGCGAGGACUGACUUGAGACGGAGCCAUAUCCAAGUCGUCGU